AUGCAUCUCUUUCGCCGAGGGACUUCCUCCCUUUUUAGCUCCUCCAACGUCUCUGCUGCCUCCUCCAAGACCGACAUCACCACCGACGCUGUGGGCGACAGUGCCCUCGCUGCAGAGGGGUUUAAAACAAUCUCGUCGAGCGAUAAGCUCUUCAAAAAUGUCGAUCCAGCAGUAGACGGCGAAGACUGCUUGCACGACUGUGCGACAUGCACAAUCAAAUACCCCGCAAAAUUCGAUAUCGAUCACCAAGACGAACUAUAUGGACAAGUCAAUGGAUGGGCGACGCAUAUGCUCGUCGCAACGGGCAAGUCAGAUUGGGUGAGAGAUGUGGCAGACGAGAAAGGGAGCGUCAUGGAAGCCAUUGAGAAGGGAGGACUGGAACCGAGCAACGGGCGACUGAAACUUUCAGCAUCAAACAUGCCCGUCCCGGACGAAUACCACAUGGCCGACGCUGGCAAACAGCCAACAAACGUCCUCCUGCUGCCGAGCUUCACCGUCGUCGAGCACGUCACCCCACAACUUGUCCCAGAUCUGAUCGAGAACUUCGUCAACAAGUCUCUGACAACAACAACGCCACUAGGCGCGAUCCCACCCCCUCCGGAUAAACCAACAGAAGCAAACCAAGACCAAGAAACCACGCAAUCACAAGACCUCCCACACCCAUCCACAACAUCAAUCACCACAUCCCUCAGGUCCCACCCCUGCCCGCACGCAGCAGUAAUUCUACUCUGCUCGCAGCGGACGCGUGACGCACGCUGCGGGCAAUCCGCACCCCUGCUCCGCCGCGAGUUCGAGCGCCACCUGCGCCCGCUCGGUCUGUACCGCGACAUGGACGACCAACGGCCUGGCGGUGUGGGUAUCUACUUCAUUAGCCAUGUUGGUGGGCACAAGUACUCUGCCAAUGUGAUUGUGUACCGCCGUCGGGACUUCAAUUGGUACAAGCGUGGUGCUCCUGCGGAUGGGGAGAGGCGGGUCGAGGAUGAGGGUGCCGCGCAGGGAAUCUGGUUGGCGCGUGUACGGCCGGAGGAAUGUGAGAAUAUUAUUCGGUAUACUGUUUUGCAGGGAAAGUUGCUCAAGUCUGGGCAGCAGUUGCGAGCUGGGUUUGAUCGUGAGCGCGGGCUGACGAGUUGGUAA